AUGACUUCCACGAAUCCCCAAGACCUUCCUCAUAUGAACUUCCGCUCGUUUGUGGAAGCUCUCAAAGCAGAUGGCGACCUCGUCGAGAUCAACGAACAGUGCGACCCAAACCUCGAAGUCGGUGCCAUCAUCCGAAAAGUCGUCGAGACAGAUGAACGUGCCACCCUGUUCAACAACCUCAAAGGUCAACAUGAAAAUGGCCUCUGGCGCAUCCUCGGCGCCCCAAACUCCCUCCGAUCCGACCCCUCGCAGAGAUACGGCCGGCUUGCCCGUCACCUUGGGCUUCCGCCUACAGCCGGCAUGAAGCAGAUCCUGGAUAAGAUGGUCGCAGCCAAGACUGCGACCCCCAUCCCGCCUGUCGUCGUACCUUCCGGUCUUUGCAAGGAGUUCCGUCUCACGCCAGACCAGUUCGAUCUCACCACCCUCCCGGCGCCGCUUCUGCAUCAAUCCGAUGGCGGAAAGUACGUUCAGACCUACGGCAUGCACAUAGUGCAGUCGCCCGACGGGAAGUGGACGAACUGGUCCAUCGCCCGAGCCAUGGUCCACGACCGGAACCACCUUGCGGGCCUGAUCAUCGAGCCGCAGCACAUCUGGCAGAUCCAUCAGAUGUGGAAGAAGGAGGGAAAGGAUAUGCCUUGGGCGCUUGUUUUUGGAGUGCCGCCUGCGGCUAUCAUGGCUUCGAGCAUGCCGUUGCCGGGUGGACUUUCCGAGGCUGAGUAUGUGGGCUCUCUGAGUGGCGCGGCUUUGGAGGUCGUCAAAUGUGAUACCAAUGACCUCUAUGUGCCAGCAAACUCGGAGAUUGUGUUUGAGGGUGUAUGUUCUGCAACGGAGACGGCGCCUGAGGGGCCCUUUGGAGAGAUGCAUGGCUACGUUUUCCCUGGCGAGGCUAGGCCUCAGCCAAAGUACAGGGUCGAUCUCAUCACGCACCGAAAGGACGCGAUUUUGCCCAUCUCCAACUGCGGCAGAUUGACCGAUGAGACACACACAAUGAUUGGACCCCUGGCAGCCGCCGAGAUUGGAUUCCUUCUCAAGUCCAAGGGAAUCCCCGUCAAAGAAGCCUUCUCACCCUUCGAGUCUCAAGUGACAUGGGUUGCACUCCAAGUUGAUACCAAGUUGGUCCGAUCGAUGAACACCAACGCCAAGGACUUGUGCAAGACCAUUGGUGACAUCGUCUUCAACGACAAGGUGGGAUAUACAAUUCAUCGACUCCUCAUUGUCGGAGAGGAUAUCGACGUCUACAACUUCAAAGACGUCAUCUGGGCGUUCUGCACGAGAUGUCGCCCCGGCCUGGAUGAGUACCAUUUCGAAGACGUCCGAGGCUUCCCGUUGAUCCCGUACAUGUCCCAUGGGAAUGGUGAUAAGCACACUGGAGGAAAGAUUGUCUCCGAUUGUCUGUUGCCGGUUGAGUAUACUACGGGAAAAGACUGGGAAGCGGCGGACUUCAAGGAAUCGUUCCCUGCUGAGGUGAAGGAAAAUGUGCUCCAGCGCUGGGAGGCUCUUGGCUUUACUGAAACGAAGUGA